AAGGAAUUUUGAGGAAUGGAGAAUGAAUCAUAGAUAAGGUAUAUGAAUGAAUGAGUGAAUAAUACAAACUGCAAAAACCAAGUCAAGUCUGAAUCCUGAAUCUGAAGAGAAUCCCAAUCCUUUUGAGUUUGGUAAUCCUAGUGCCGAUGAGACAAAUAAACUAAUUAGUACUUGGGUCCAAACAUCUAUUUAUCACAAAGUCUCAACUCCAUUUACAUGCUGUAAGUUCUGUUCCUUUUCUGUGAAAAUCUUAGUGCCGAUGAGAAAAAUAAACUAAUUAGUAGAUACCUAGGUCCAAACAGCCAUCUAUCACAGAGCCUCAACUCGAUCAUCUACAUGCUAUCUAGUGAGAGAGUGGGACAUUAUUGUGCCAUCAUAAUGCGCAGCUGUGCGGCGAUCAACUGUAGAAACAGUGUAUCAAACUGCAGUUAUGGUUUUUUCCGUUUUCCAAAAGACGAAUCAAGAGCUGAGAGAUGGGUGUUAGCGGCAGGUAGGGAAGACCUGCUUCAGAGUAUAGGAACACUACAUAUUACCCAUCGUCUCUGUGGAGCUCACUUUGAAAAGAAAAUGUUUAUAGUUAAUGAUACUAGGAAGACAUUGUUAUUUCAAGCAGUUCCAACUUUGUUCCCAUGCUUGGAAGGUUCAACAAGUAGUGUGUUAACAGAUCAUAGCUACUGCAGUUUCUUAGAUGCCACAAAUGCUAGUAGAUAACUUGCCGAGUUUACUUCAAGAGAAGAUGAACUAAUCACAUGGAGACGCUUCACCAACUUUUAAUUGCUGAAGCAAAAUUAUAUCCACGGGCAUACUAAGGAUACCUUGCCAAGUUUACUUCAAGAGAAGAUGAACUGAUCACGUGGAGAGGCUUCACCAACUAUUUAUGGCUGAGGAAGAGUUAUACCCACUGGCAUACUGAGUAUAGAAGCAGAGAACUCAGAACUCGGAGAAAACUACUGUUGCAGACUCGUCAUCUCCAGAACUAAUCUAUUCAAAGGAAUAAUAUGCGUAUCAACUUCCUUGUGAUUAUAAAAAAUGUAUCUGUACAAAUGUCUCUGUAAUAAAUAAAGUAUGUAUUUAUAAUAAAA